AUGUCACACGUAUCUCCCCUCACUUGGCUGCUCUUGGUUUCGUUGCGAGCUCUGGGCAUCGCAUUUGGCGUUUGGGUCGUCUAUCUCGUCUUUCUAGUUGUCUAUCGCUUAUAUCUUAGCCCUCUGUCCAAAUUUCCCGGGCCUCCGCUCGCCGCGCUGACGCUCUGGUAUGAAUUCUAUUACGACGUCGUCAAAGGAGGGCAAUACACGUUCAAGAUACGUGAAUUGCACAAGAAAUAUGGCCCGAUAAUACGGAUCAAUCCAUACGAGAUUCACAUUGACGACCCUGAAUACUAUGAUGAAAUCUAUACGGGUCCAACAAAGCCGCGUGACAAAUGGGCCUGGUCCGCAUCCAUGUUUGGGAAUUCGUCAUCUCACUUUAGUAGCGUGCCGUACAGUUUGCAUCGGAUGCGACGUGCACCUUUGAAUCCCUUCUUCUCCAAGAAAGCCGUGACUCAACUUGAACCUACAAUCAAGUCACUCGUCGAGAAGCUUUGUACGCGGUUGACUGGCUUCCAACGGACGCAGGAGCCUGUCAAUCUCCGCUUUGCCUUUGCCGGGUUGACGAUGGACAUCAUCACUGACUAUUCAUUUUCCAAUUGCUACAACUGCCUUGACGAGCCAGAUUUUGCACCCGUAUGGGUUCAAGCAGUCGAUUCACUUUCCGUGCAGAGUCAUGUCAACAAGCAAUUCCCGUGGAUGCUGUCUGUCAUGGGUCUACUACCGUUGUGGCUUAUUGAAAAGCUGAACCCGCACAUUAUGCGCAUGAUCAACUUCCAGAUUAGCUUAACACAGCAAGUUUUGCAGAUUAUGGCGGAUAAAGACGCGGCCAACAAGAACCAAAGUCAUCCUACCAUCUUCCACGAGCUCAUUCAUACAACCGAGCUGCCUCCGGAGGAGAAGACGCUCCAGCACCUCGUAGAAGAGGGCCAGUCCGUUGUUGGAGCAGGUAUAGUGACAACGAGCCAUUACCUGAAUACGACGUGUUACCAUAUCCUGGCAAACCCUGAUAUUGUCGAGAAGCUGAAAACCGAGCUGAACGAGGCCAUGCCCGACGGAAAAUUGCCCUCGUGGCAGAAACUCGAAAGGCUUCCCUAUCUCACCGCAGUGAUAUUCGAGGGCUACAGGAUCUCCUAUGGCGUGGCUCACCGUCUCCAGCGCGUCUCGCCCAACGAACCGCUAAUCUACCACAACUAUGUGAUCCCAGCAGGCACACCGGUGAGCAUGACGGCCAUGUUCAUACACGAGAACGAAAAGUACUUUCCCGAGCCCAAGGUGUUCAAACCGGAACGAUGGCUGAACCCGGGCUCGCGAGAUCGGCUGGAGAAAUACUUGGUCAACUUUAGCAAGGGCACACGGGGCUGUCUGGGGCGACAUCUCGCCGAGGCAGAGAUCUAUCUCACCCUGGCGGCCAUCUUUCGCCGAUUCAACAUGGAGAUAUACCAGACGACCAGAGAGGACAUUGAUGUCGCGCACGACUUCUUCAAUCCGCAGCCAAGGAAGGGUUCAAAGGGCUUGAGGGUGCUUGUGAAGUAA